AUGUAUUCGAGCCAACAACUACCUUAUUCUUACUCGGCGUCCGGCGCCAACCAGCCAGGCUAUAUAUCGCCGCCCGACUCGCGACGUGCGCUCGAAGAAGACAAAGAGAAACAACAACCGUCGCAGCCGCAAAGACAGUCCCUUCCAUCGAUCCAAGAGGCUCUAGGAAAUGACAACCCUCUCCCGUACCCUGCGCCGACUUCGGCGCCGCCUCAACAAUCUCAUCACUCGCCCCAUCCGUUAUCAAUCGGACGCCCCGCGGGCGAGGGACCACCGGGACCCCCGAAUCCGUUUGGUAACGGCGCACCAUACCCAGCAUAUCCCCAUCAGUCUCAGCUGCAAACCGACACAUCUCGGUCUAGCUUGGUUUCAGUAAAUACCCAAGACUCCAGAAAUCCCUCGCUACAGUCUCUAAACUCGGGAAAGUCUCCUACACAAAGUGCGAAAACCGGAAUUACAUCCAUGUCUGGCUCGCAGUCCGGGUACGAAUACAGCGCACCUACUUCUGCGGGUCCGAUUGCCUCGCCCAAUGGCUAUCCCUCCUAUUCACAGCCCUACCAAUUUCAGUCGCAACCGCCUCCCAACGCGCCGCCAUAUCCUGCUUCCUAUGAUUCCCGCCCUUAUGGCGCUACUUCGUGGAAACAUGGUGUACCGGAGACUGGACGGGUCGAGGCAGGGCGGCAUUUGGCAGGCCACCCCCAGAAUGACUCUGUCAAGCGACAUUUGGACGAUGUGGAGACGUCACUUAAUGAGAUUGCCGAAAUGAGCACCCGCACAUUGGACUUUUCGAGACACUAUGCGGCCAAGGCCCACCAUACCCAGCGCUCUGGACCGAUGAUGGGAUCGCUCCCCUCCGUCCACGAGGUCGACGAGAUGCUUAAUAUGCAUCGUCGGAAUUAUGAAGCCUUCAUGCGGUUACGGACUGCCGUCAUGAACCAGGAAUUCGCGAUGCAAGAAGAGAUGGCCCAGCGAAAGGCUUUUAAACCGAGUGGGGUUCGCAAUGAUGACCACAUGGCGAUGUACCAAGAAGAAUACAAGGGCAGUGGCGGGUUUGCCGGUCCGGAUCCCAAAAAACGACGAGGGAAAGCUGCCCCUCCUGGCCGUUGCCACAGCUGCAACCGAGCCGAAACUCCAGAAUGGCGCCGUGGUCCGGAUGGCGCCCGGACUCUGUGUAACGCCUGCGGGCUACACUACGCUAAACUGACACGCAAGAUGGGUGCGAAGCAGGCGUCCGCAUUGGGUUCAAACCUGAAACCCAAGUCGCUUGACUCCGCGUCGCCAACCAGCCAUUGA